AUGGACGUGAAUAGCUUAUUCAAUGUCAAGGGCAAGGUCGUCCUCGUUACAGGAGGAGGCAAAGGGAUAGGGCGCAUGAUCUCAGAAGGUUAUGUGACGAAUGGAGCCAAAGUCUACAUCUCGUCUCGCGAUGCGAAGGCUUGCGAGGCAGCCGCUGCUGAGCUUUCUGCCAUUGGAUCCAAGACCGGCGGCGGCACCGCGAUCGCGCUACCCGCGGACCUGCAGUCUCUAGACCAGUGUAAGAAGCUGGCCGAAGAGCUCGCGAAGAGGGAGUCUAAGCUCCACGUGCUGGUGAACAAUAGCGGCGCGGCCUGGGGCGCGGACUUCGACAGCCAUCCGGACAGCGCCUGGACCAAGGUGAUGACGCUCAAUGUCCAGCGUGUCUUCACUAUGACGCAGCUCCUCGCGCCCCUACUACAGGCGGCAGCUGGGCAGACGGCGGAGACUGAGGGCCAGCCCGUCCAAGAUCCCGCCCGCGUCAUCAACAUUGGCUCCAUAGACGGCAUCCGCGUCCCAACGCUGCCCAACUUCGGGUACAGCGCAUCCAAGGCGGCGCUUCAUCACCUUGGCAGGACGCUGGCCGUCGAGCUGGGCCCCAGGGGCAUUACAACAAACACUAUCGCAUGCGGGCCAUUCCCAUCGAAAAUGUUUAAGCCUGUGUUUGACAGGGCAUUCCUCAACGGCGCGAUCAUACGGUUAGAUGGUGGCAUUUCACAAUUAGCCAGGCUCUAG